AUGGAACAACGGGGAUCAAAAGUUUUAGAGCAUCAGCAGCAAGAAACACGAACCGACGGUAAACUUGAAAGCGCUUGUAAAAGCCAGGGUAAUUGCAAACAAGCUGUCGCAAAAAACAUACGACAUCUUCCCAUUGCCAACAAAUUCAGCUACGAGGCAAGAGAAAAAGAUACCUGUGGUACUCGUGGCAGGAAUUAUCACCGUCUCGAGUAUUUUAAGCAAGUAAACAAUCACCUCCAACAACGUCUCACCAUUACUGAAGAUGUGGGUGAUAGGGGAGAAGAACGACGUGCCUAUGCCAACCUUGGAAAUGCUUAUCAAGGAGUCACUGAUUUUAAAAUAGCCAUAAGUUACCACGAGCAAGAUCUCAGCAUUGCUGAAGGAAUUGGUAACCGUGCAAAAGAAGGACGUGCCUAUGCCAACAGUGGAAACGCUUAUAAAGGAAAUGGUGAUUUUAAACAAGCCAUAAACUACCACGAACAAGAUCUCAGCAUUGCUAAAGAAAGGAGUAACCGUGCAGGAAAAGCAUGCGCCUAUUGCAAUCUUGCUAAUACAUGUGACAGUCUUGGCGAUUUUAAACAAGCCAUAGAGCACUACGAGCAAUAUCUCACCAUUGCUAGAGAUGUGAACGACAGGGCAGGAGAAGAAGGUGCCUUUGCCAACCUUGGCAAUGCUUAUCAAGGUCUCGAAGAUUUUAAACAAGCCAUAAAGUACCACGAGCAACAACUCACCGCAGCUAAAGAAGUGGGUGACAGGGCAGGAGAAGGAGGGGCCUAUGGUACCCUUGGCAAUGCUUAUUGCAGUAUCGGCGAUUUUAAACAAGCCAUAAAGUACAACAAGCAACGUCUCACCAUUACUAAAGAAGUGGGUGACAGGGCAGGAGAAGGACGUGCCUAUGGUAACCUUGGCAAUGCUUAUCAAGUAUUAGACUAG